AUGGAAGUAGAAACUGCCGUAGAGGCACGGCCUGGCACGGACAGCACCGGGGCAUCUUACUCCAGCCACCUCGACCUGUGGAAUGAUGAAGAGAAGAAGACCAGUUGGUACAAGAAGACGCUGGAGCACUGGGCAGCCCAGGAUGCAACGGUGAACGGUGUCCUGGGCGGCUUCCCUGAAACCAGCGAACCGGACUUGAGGGAAUCCAGGAGAUUUCUGCAUCUGGUGCGGCGGCCGACGGACCCUCCAAGCCAGCGAGGAACAGUUCUUGACUGUGGUGCUGGGAUCGGACGAGUCACACAGGGCCUUCUGGUCCACGAGUUUGCCCAGGUCGACCUCGUCGAGCCUAAUGCACGGCUGUUGGAAGCAGCCCGUGAGCAGAUCCGCGAUCCCAAAGUGGACCGCUUCAUCAACAGCUCCCUGGAGCAAUUCCAUCCCGAGGAGGGCCGGUAUGAUACAAUCUGGGCACAGUGGGUGCUUCUUUACCUGACAGAUGACGAUUUGGUCCUGUUCCUUGAACGAUGCAAAAAAGGCCUGACAAGAAAUGGUCUGAUCCUCGUGAAGGAGAACGUUGUGCUGGAAGGGCAAUGGAUAGUGGACCGAGAUGAUAACAGCAUAUCGAGGACAGACGCAAUGUACAAGGACAUCUUUCAAAAAGCCGGCCUGGUCUUGCAACAUGAGCUGAAGCAGGCGCACUGGCCUUCAGAUCUGGUCCCGGUCAAGAUGUAUGCUUUGAGGCGAGCGUAG